CAGACCAUAAAAAAGAACACUCCAAGAGAAAAGCUCAUCAAUUACACACUGCUUCCUCUCUCUCUCUCUUGGUUUCUGAGUAGUGAGAAUUGGUUGAAAAUGGGGAUGAAGAGAGGGAAAGAGGAGAAGAAGAAGAAGGGAAGAAGGGCAUGUUGUGUGAGAGAGGGAGUGACCAAAGGAGCGUGGACUCCCGAAGAGGACAUGAUUCUUGUUGACUUCAUUACACAGAAUGGCCAUGGCACUUGGCGAAAUCUCCCUCUUCUUGCAGGUCUCCUCCGCUGUGGAAAGAGUUGUCGUCUUCGCUGGACCAACUACCUUCGACCUGACAUCAAACGCGGUCCCUUCAGCGCUGAGGAAGAGAAUACGAUUAUUCAACUGCACGGGGAGCUUGGUAACAAAUGGGCUAUCAUAGCCUCUCAUCUCCCGGGAAGAACAGACAAUGAUGUGAAGAACUUUUGGAACUCACAUUUGAGGAAGCGCUUCGACAGCAAGGCCCUCGACCAGCCAUCCUCAUCUUCAAAGUCAGUUGACACAAAAUCAGGUUCCCCUAAUUGUCACAAGGCUCAGUGGGAGGGUGGGAGGGUUGAGGCCGAGUCUCGUCUCUCUAUCCCGUUAAACAACAGCAAAGGCGACUACUUCCUAUGCCUGUGGAACAGUAAAGUCGGAGAAUCAUUCAGAAACAUGCACGAGGGUGGAGAUGGAUGUGGUGGAGCUGCCUCUCUCCGUUCAACAUCACAGUCAUCGUCAUCCUUGACCAUAGUUGACUCGACCAAUGUUAUAGAGCCGUGCAAGACCUCCAGCCCGGUGGAGAUGAAAGUCGAGCUUUGGGACUGCAAGAAGGAAACAGAGGACAUUGCUGCGUUUUCAGACACAUCGAAGCCAUAUGAGGUUGAUGAUUCAUCUGAUGCAAUGCUGAAGCUGCUGCUGGAUUUCCCUGUCGGAGGAAAUGACAUGGAAUUUCUUGAAGCACCCUCCUUCUGAUUGUCUUUUUGAUCAUGAAAUGUAGCUUCUCCAUCUGGAUUUCAUACAUCUUCUUAGUUAUUGUGUUUUGGAUUUCUACUGCAGUUUCUGGGAAAGAAUCAUGUAAAAUGUAACAUUUUUUGUGUGAAAA